ACCGACGGCAGAUUCAGCGUUUCUAUACAACAAUUCAUGUGCGAGCACGGAAAGGUUAUCACAAGGCGAAGCGGAAGCGUCUCGUCCGCUUUCCCCCUUCGCCUUCCCCUCGUCCCACCCAAAACCCCAGUCUUGACAUGGAGGCGAGCGCAUCAGGGCCGUCCAUCAAUCUGCCGACGCCGACCGGACGGCCUACGCAACGCUUGUUGUUCGACAAGCGUUACGGCUGGAUUUUCGAUGAAUGGAAGGAUCCCUCGGAACAAGCCUUGGCCGGUGGAAGAGGAAUGUUUUGCAUUUUGCCCAUCGCGAAGUCUCUGCUGAAGAUCGCUUCGCAAUCGAUUAAUGUUGCAGCAGGCUCUGUGAUCAGCGCUUUGGAAAACCCGAAAGAGCUCUCUCCUCAGGCGUUGCACACAAAUCUGUGCACUCAGUUUCAGAAACUAGGGCAUUCCAUACAAAGGCCUAAUCUCAAGCUUAUAACCUUCUGCAGGGACUCUCCCAUGGAUAGUACACAGGCUAUGUGACCUCAGAUUAGACUCUCCCAUGGAUAGUACACAUGCUAUGUGACCUCAGAUUACCAUUGUAAUACCCUAGUAGCUUCAUUGUUGUAACAAGAACCUCUGAUAGGCUAAUGUACGCUGCCAAAGUAUUUCAGGGGAAAUUUAUUAUGCAGUUUUUUCUCAUUAAGAUUAGUAAACUUCAUUGAAUGUUUCAUAGGGGAAAUUUAGACCACUUUACAGU